UGGAUUGUGGUUAUGUUAUUUAUUAUUUAAAAAAUUUAAAUUCUCAUUUCUCAUGUCCAUUCUGAGUUGUGAGAGAGCUGUAACAGCGUUUUCUGAAUCAAGAAAUCCAAGAUGAUAAGAUCUAUCUAGACAGCUAAGAUUAAGUUCGAAAUGAAAACAUAUAUAAAAAAGUAAAAAUAUUUAUGAUUUUUAGAAUAGGUACUUAGUUGAUGGGAUGCAUAAUUUGGCAUUUCCAGCUUUAAUUGAAUGCCUUGGCUGUAUUUCCUGAACAAUAUUACCCAAUAUGGAUUCAUCAUUUGAAGAUUUUUGUCUUUCUCUACCUAAAAUAGAACUGCAUGCCCAUCUUAAUGGUUCAUUGAGUGAUAAAAUUCUGCCUCUCCUUGGUUGUCCAUAUUCAGAUAUAUGCAAUUAUCAAAAGUUACGAAAUAUUCCGAUCGGACAGAGAAACCUUGAAAAUGUCUUUAAAACAUUUGCCAUUGCCCACAAAGCUACUUCAUCUUCACAAACAGUUUAUUUAGCAACAUUGAACCUAAUCAAAGAGUUUGCUGCAGACAAUGUUAUCUACUUGGAACUCAGGACCACUCCAAGAAAUGAAGAGGGAAUGAGUGCUGAAAACUAUAUUGAAUCUGUCAUUAAGGCAAUUCAAGAUUCAACAAAUAGAAUAUUAGUUAAAUUAAUCCUAUCGUUAAACAGGCAGCAUAGUUUAGAAGAGUGUACAAAUAACUUAAAUUUGAUAUUGAAAAAGCAAUCAGAAUAUCCUGAUAUUAUCAAAGGAAUAGAUCUUAGUGGAAACCCUAUUCAUGGGUCAUUUCAUGACUUAAAACAUCUCUUCGAAAGGGGAAGGAACAACAACCUUUUUACUACAAUUCACUGUGGAGAAGUAGUAAAUUCAAAAGAAAUUCAUGAAAUACUUGAAUUUAGACCAGAAAGAAUAGGGCAUGCUUGUUAUUUACAUCCAAACUAUAAUGGUUGUAUACAGAACUGGAAUUUACUUAAGGAACUCAGACUGCCAACAGAGAUCUGCCUCACUUCAAAUAUAGUAACUGGAACAGUAGAUAUUUAUGAAAACCAUCACGUUCAAGAAUGGAUAAAGGAUAAUUUACCAUUUUCUUUAAAUACUGACGAUAAGGGAAUUUUUAACACUUCUCUUUCUCAAGAAUUUCAAAUUGCUAAGAAGUUUUUCAAAUUCUCUGCUCCAGAUCUUUGGAAAAUCUCUAUGAAUUCUAUUGAGGAUAGUUUUGCGAAUGCUGAAGAAAAAAUAUAUUUGAAAAUGAAGUUGGAGGAUUGGAAAUUUAAAAAUUACAAGUUCUUCUCACAAUAAAGGCCUUAGAGCAGACAAUAAAAAUCAUGGAACCCAACAAAAUUUUAAAAAAAUUGAUAAUGCAUGAACCAAGCAAUUUAAUGCAUUAUUUAUUUUAGUUAAUCGAUUUUCCUUCAAAAUAAAAAAUUUAAGAAUG